UCCCUCCGAGGAAGUGCUGGGCUGGGGCCCAGCAGGUGUGGGGUUAAGGCAGCCUGUCCCGGGGCCCCCGCAGCAGCGGCAGCGGCAACUGCACCAGCAGCGGCGGUGGCAGACCUGGCCCCGGGCCAGCUGGCCAGGAGCCCCAGGAGCGAGAGAGGGCGGAGGAAGGGGAGGAAGAGGGGAAGGAGGAGGAGGAGAGGAGCAGUCAGCAGGCCCGAGGAGGCAGGACUUCCUGGUGUGGGGGUUGUCAACAGCCCAGAAAGAGAAAGACCGAGAGGAGCGGAGAGAGACCCAUCGGUGCCACGCGGGAGGAGACUUGGGAGGGCCCGUCGCCGCGACGACCACCGAGGCGGCAGCACCUGCGGGAUCGGGGGGAGGGGGCUGAGCCGCCCCCCUCUCGCUUCAGUCGGCCGAGCCUGGGGACCUCAGAGGCCGCGCCUGAGCUCCGCCAAGGAGGCGGGAGUUCCUUCUUUUCUGGAUAGCAAACUUUCCGCGGAGAUGCCUUGCGGGGCGAGGUGCGGCCCCCGAAGAGAACCUGACAGCCUCUGAUCGCCGCCUGUGCGCCCCCCCCCCACCCCUACCCCGAGCUGCUGGGGCCAAGGAGGCUCCAGGGAAGGGACAGCCCCACACCUUAGGCGGCCGGGACCCUCGGCCCAGCUCGGUGGCCGCCGUCGAGAGUUUGCAAACUCAGCUCUGGAGUUCAGCAACGACAGCAGCAGGAAAAACCUGCCCCUGCCCCCCCACUCCCGCCGCCUCCCCUACCCUGUUCUCCCUUCACCAACUAGGCACCCCCAGUUCCCACAAGGCCCUCCUGCCAUGUCGGACUCAGACAUCCGCAGGGGCCCUGAUGUCCCCGCCAUGUGGCCCCCCUGCUCCAGGGGUGCCUGAGCCCCUUAAAGAGCCACCACCAGCUCCCUGCCCACCUUGGCCCAGUCCUGAGCCCCAGGGACCAUGAGUGGGGGCAAGAAGAAGAGUAGUUUCCAAAUCACCAGCGUCACCUUGGACUACGAGGGCCCAGGGAGCCCCGGGGGUUCAGAUGCCCCUGCCCUGCCGGCCCCCGCUGGGCCACCGGCCCCUACCGGGCCAUCAGCCCCCACCCCCGCUGGGCUACCAGCCCCGGCCCCCACCGGGCCCCCACCCCGCCUGCCCAAUGGGGAGCCCAACCCCGAGCCAGGGGGCAAGAGCACCCCCCGGAAUGGCUCCCCGCCGCCUGGGGCCCCCGCCUCCCGUUUCCGGGUGGUGAAGCUGCCCCAAGGCCUGGGAGAGCCUUAUCGCCGAGGCCGUUGGACGUGUGUGGAUGUUUACGAGAGAGACCUGGAGCCCCCUAGCUUUGGCCGGCUCCUGGAGGGUAUUCGAGGGGCCUCAGGGGGCAAUGGGGGCAGAUCUUUGGAUUCCAGGUUGGAGCUGGCCAGCUUGGGCCUGGGCACCCCUACCCCACAGCCAGGCCUGUCUCAGGUCCCCACCUCCUGGCUCCGCCCGCCCCCCACCUCCCCUGGACCUCAGGCCCGCUCCUUCACGGGGGGACUGGGCCAGCUGGCAGUGCCCGGCAAGGCCAAGGUGGAAACACCUCCGCUGUCGGCCUCCCCACCCCAGCAGCGCCCCCCAGAGCCUGGGACAGGGGAUAGUGCGGGCCCUUCCCGGGCUGCCACGCCCCUGCCCACCUUGAGGGUAGAAGCCGAGGCAGGAGGCUCCACGGCGGCAGCAGGAGCAGGGACCCCUCCACUGUCCCGUGUGAAGGAUGGAGCCCUGCGGCUGAGGAUGGAGUUGGUUGCUCCAGAGGAGAUGGGACAGGUGCCCCCGGUCGACUCUCGCCCCAGCUCCCCAGCCCUCUACUUCUUCCCCGAUGCCAGUCUGGUUCACAAGUCUCCAGACCCCUUUGGAACAGCGGCUGCCCAGAGCCUCAGCUUAGCCCGAUCCAUGCUGGCCAUCAGUGGCCACCUGGACAGCGAUGAUGAUAGUGGCUCCGGAAGCCUGGUUGGCAUUGACAACAAGAUCGAACAAGCCAUGGUUUUCUUCUGGAAACACAAAUCUAAGUCAGUCAUCAUGGAUCAUACUGACUCCAAGAAAAAUGAGUUGAAGGCAGAGAAGGCUUUCAAGGUGUCUGAGACUUUCAAGUUGGUUGAGCCCCCCAAGGAGGCUAAGAUCUCCAAGAUGGAUGUGUCCCACAAGGUGGCUGACCCCUGCCUGUUAGCCAAGACCACCAUGGAUGGGGCUGCGGUGGAGGCAGGUCGCCAUAGGAGAUCACUGUUGCAGCUGCCCCAGGCUGCCAUCAAGUCCGUCUCCAUGCUCAUGGCCUCCGCCCUGCAGUCUGGCUGGCACAUGUGCAGCUGGAAGUCAUCUGUGAGUUCUACCUCAGUUGCCUCCCAAAUGAAGACCGGGUCCCCCCUGGAGUCUCGAGAGGCUGCGAUGCUGCGGGAAGUGUACCUGGUGCUCUGGGCCAUUCGGAAACAGCUGCGGCAGCUGGCCCGCCGGCAGGAGAGACGGCGCCGGCGCCACCUCCGGGCCCACAUGGGCCCCCAGCCAGACCCAGUUCAGGGUCUGAAACAGGAUGCCCGGAGUCCCCUCUAGGGGGGAACCCCACAUCCUCAGAAAGCCCCCACCUCACUCUUAGGUAAGGUUGAUGGGAGAGGUUAGAGCAGCGGGCCAGGGGUUGUGGGUGAGGAGAAGUUGUCACACUGUCACCUCUCAUCGAGACCUGGAGGCCUGGCCGGGGGGUCCCACAUACACUCCCCUCCACUCCUUUUAUUCAAUUUGUAAAAAGAAUUAUCAAAAUGUUGGGAAAUAAUAUCAGAUAUUUCCGAGUA